AUGUUUACAUAUAAAGAUAACUUUGAAAUUUAUCAAAAAAUUCAAGAAGUUCGACAAAUUUACUCCAAAUUUAAAUAAAGUGUCAUCAUAUAACUUGAAAAAUUAGAAAAUCAAAUUGAAACAAUAAUCUAUGAGCUUUCUCAAAGAAAUGAGCUCGAUUAAAUUUUCGAAAAUACUAUUGAAAAUGAUAAUUCUACAAUAAAUGAUGAUGAAGUCCAAGAGAUAGUACAAAUUUGGAAUAAAAUAUGCUAUCAGAAAAAUGAUGAUUAUUUCCCAAAAUUUAGUGAUCAAUUAGUGACAAGAAUUUAAAAGACGUUGAAAGUAUGGGAACAAUAAAUUUAAGAGACUUUAUAAAUGGAUCUUGGUAUUAUUCCAAGAUAUUCAAAAUCUUCAUAUAAAUUUGAUGCUAAUUCAAAGUUUCAAAGCAUAUAAAUUAAUGAAGAAAUAAUAAUUGAAUAAACUCAAAGUUAAACUCAUUAUUGUUUUGCUCUAGUUGAUUAAAGAUUGAAUUAAAUCGAAACUAGUUCAAUAUAAUUCAAAUUCCCAAAAUUUGUAGGAGAUAUUGGAGUUGGAAUUUGUGAUUUAUAGAUUUUAAAAACCAAAAAUUUUAGACCUUAGUUGAAUUAAAUAAAUAAUGGAGCUUUUGUAUGCUUUUAAGAUUCAUGUAAUAUUAUUUGUAACAAUAGACACUAUAAAUACAGAAUAAGAAGAAUAUAAUUGGAAAACUAAAGGUUUUAAAUUUGGUGAAAAAGAUGUUAUUGAAGUUAUUUAUGAACCUACUCUAAAAAGAGUCACAUGGAAAAAAGUUUAAGUAAAUAACUAAAUAUAUUUAUAGAAACCUGAUGAAGGAUAUUAAAUAACCUUGCAAAAUGAUAAAAGAGAAUUGUACUUUUGUUGUAUUGUUAAAACUUAAGGAGCUAAAGUAGAAAUAAUCACGGAAUGA